CUCUCAAUUCAGUCGCGGUAUGCAAAGCGAUGUGUUCUUAACAUUGUGCGUGAUGGAAAAUGCAUAAAUAGAGGCGGAUGACAACAGAGAAGUCAGAUUGACAUAUCAUAGCAGAAUCGAGCAGUAGAUAAUACACGGUUUUCCUUCAAUAAUUAGAGUUAUUUCAGUUACAAUACGCACGUUUACAAGUAUAUUUAUAUGCUAUAUGACAGCAGAGAUAAAACUAUAUUGUUUUAGUAUCACCAACCAUCAAACGAGAGAAGAGAGAAGGAAGAUCUGGAGAAUAGACCUACAGGAAACCGGCACACUGCGAAAUUCCAGAACCUUCCAGUUAUUAAGUGGAUCACCGGUAUUUUUAGUCCUACAUCCAUCCGAAAAGUGUUUGUUUGUCUGACGAUUUCCCUCCUAAAUCGCCAAGAUGAUGUCCGUUAUCAAGAGCACCUUCUGUGAUAGCCGCCGAAGCCCAGAAUACGACGUUGUCAAGACUCAGAACAAAGCAUAUGAAGAAAGAAUGUACAAUCCUUCCGUAUGGGUUUCUACGAGUACGAUCAUCGAUCCCGCUAUCGCCUCCGACAACGGUACCACCGCCAAGAAGGAUGAAAAUGAACCAUGUUGCAAGCUUUUUGGCUACAUACAGGGACAAAACGAAGGCAAUCAUUACAUGGACAUGACUUUUCCUGUGAUCAAUGAUUACACAACAGAAAAUGGUCCCAAGGGGGAGUCCAAGCGAACGCUGUCCUUUUUUGUUCCUAGAGAAUUUGAGGAGAAGACCCCACUACCAACUGAUCCUGAUAUCUAUAUCAACCAGCAACCCGCCAUGACCGUCUAUGCAAUGAAAUUUGGCGGUUUUGCCAACGAUGAGAAGUGCCUGAAGGAGAAAGAGAAGUUCAUGGCCAUUUUGGAGGCAGAUGGGGUCAAGGUCAAAAGGGAUGCCUUCUACUGUGCUUUCUACAACACCCCCUUGAAGCUCUUCAACAGAAAGAACGAGAUAUGGCUGGUCAAGGAGAUGAAAGAAAGCAAGGAGCAACCCUUCGUUAAGUCACCGACCCUGGACGUGGAGCGUGAGCAGUAGGACCAGUUUAAUUUAAUUGUUUCUUACUCAACUGGGGGGGGGGGG